AUGAGGUGUCCCGCGUGGCUGCUUUUCGCGUUGUUCCCGCGAUUCUUCGCCGUGUUACCGGUCGUCCACUCCCAAAGGACCCACGCGAGGCAGGGACUGGGCCGGGAGCAGCCUACUGUCAGGAUCUCGGAGCAAGGAUCGGUGGCUGGUAACGAGGUUUUUUUAAGUCUCACCGUGAAGGUGAUACAAUAUUUAGGAAUACCCUAUGCUCAGCCACCACUAGGAAAAUUACGUUUUGCUGCGCCUGUUACCGACCCCCUGCCAUCCUGGAAAGGCGUACGAAAUGCAACACAGUUUGCACCAUCAUGUAUGCAAAUGACCAACAAUCUGAAACUACACGAGAAACACUAUAAAAGAUUGUUACCGCCAGAUCAACCUGAUCCUGGAGUUAGCGAAGAUUGUCUAUACCUGAACAUCUUUACUCCAGAUGGGAACAGACCAGACGAUGGAUGGCCAGUGAUGGUGUGGUUUCAUGGUGGUGACUUCAACACCGGCACUCCUGCCAUAUGGGAUGCGUCGAUUUUCGUCAGCAAACAUAAAAUCAUGGUGGUCACGGUGGCUUAUCGUCUCAAUAUCCUCGGUUUCUUCACAACCACGGACGCAGAGGCUCCAGGGAAUUAUGGCAUGUUCGAUCAGAUAGCCGCUCUGGACUGGAUCCAGAAAAAGAUCCAACAUUUCGGUGGCUCCCCGUCCAAUGUGAUAAUUUAUGGUCACAGCUCGGGAGCCAUAAGCGUGGGUCUGCACUUGGUGAGUCCCUUGAGCAAAGGCAAGUUUUCUAAGGCCAUUGCCAUGAGCGGAGACGCAGUGAGCUCCGUAGGCUCACCCCAGGCAGAGCUAUCGGUGGUCGACAUCAUCGCUGAGAAGUUUGGUUGUUAUCGACGGCCUAUAUCAGCGUUGAUGGAGUGUCUUCGUCGAGUGGAUGUGAAUGUCUUGGUCCGCGAGUCCUCAGACAUAGAGACUUGGGGCCCCAUUGUAGACAACGAGACCAACAACUUCACGGAUCCGUUCCUGCCUACGCAUCCAAAAGACGCAUUAGAAAGUGGCACUUUGAACUCUGUUCCUCUACUGGUUGGUUACACGAAUAACGAACAGGCGUUGGCCUACAUGGAAUCCGUAGGCAAGGGAAAAGCAGAUGGCGAACUUUCCUUCAGCGACUUUGAGAUGCUGAUCAAUGGCGAGUUUGAAUCACUGGUCCAGAACCCGGAAGACAACAGUACCUGUGAACUGAAGCCAGAAAUGGUGACCGAGGCGGUGUUAUUCUUUUAUAAACCUCACCCGCCGAGCAAGGAUCAAGGUGUACUUCGGGACAGGUACUUGGACCUGCAAACGGAGAAAAAUUUUGCAGCAGGGCUCACUCUGUUGGCUAGUAAGGUGUCCAAGGAGAAGCUGGCAUUCGUUUACAGGUUUGACUACAGACCCAAAACACAGAGCAUCACCAAAGAUGUGCCUGAAUGGGCCGGGGUUCCCCAUAUGUUUGAGCUUCCAUUCGUUUGGGGUCUACCCCUGAUCACUGGCAGCUCUAUACAGUGGCACUUUGCUGACAAGAAAAUGGCCGAGGUGGUGAUGACGAUGCUGGCUAGUUUCGCCAGGGUUGGUAAUCCUUCCCUGAGUAACGUUAAAUGGGAAUCUUAUACCGAACAAGAGCCUGGAAUCUUGAUCAUCGAUAAGAACAUCGACAUGGGCAAUUCUAACGCUAUCGAUUACAAAGCAUUGGCUUUCUGGAAUGAAUACUAUCCCAUGGUUCUUGAAGAGGCGACGAACAAUUGUUGUAACGUGACCAGUCACUCCACUGCGUGGAGGGAAGCUUCUUAUCAGGUUGUUCUCAGUGGUUUUGCCAUUGUCACAAUGUUCUGGUGCAUGGAGUUGUAGUCGAUGGUACAGGUUGUUGAGUUCUCUUUGGAUGUGCUCAAUUCUAUACACACGUUGUCAGACACAGGGCGUCCUUCUUAUUUCCCUUAAUUUCUUCGCAUGGAGAAUCAGGUGUAUUAGUUUAUUUUUCGUUCAAUAAAAUUCUAUUUUGUGCUCGAUUGGCCAUUUUGUCAUCGUUUCUAAGGCUAUUUCGAUAAGCUAGAAAUCUUUACAGUGCACGCAACGGGUACAUGGUAGAGACCUAAACAUGAAACGUGAAUGCACGUCAUCGCUCAAUAUUUCACGUGAAGAUAUAAAUUUAGCUAGGUACAGAGACAACGGAAAGGCUUGAGACGUUCGAAACGAAGCAAGAAAUUGAGAAGGCAAGUGGUGUACGCUCGUGAGAAUCUUCGAUCUAGUAACUUAUAACGCUUCGAACAAUAUUUAUUGCAAGAACUGAAACUUAGGCAUGAACAUAAACCAUCGACAAAAAGAAGGGAGAAAAAUGAGGUGUCUAGGUGUAGCAAUGAGGAGGAGAACCAGAGAGCCUGGGCUUUUUCUUUGUUUCGUUUUUUUAUCUUUUUCUUAACAUUCACUGAGAGAUUUUUUAUUAUUUGCUUUAAUACGGAGAGAUAUAGAAAAAACAUAUAUUGUUCGAGAAACAAACGGUUGAUAUAACUUAUGAAUAUUUUGAUGCUUCGAUAAUAAUUAAUAAUAAUAAUAAUAGUAAUAAUAAUCAUUCGUGUGUAUGUCUGUCUGUCUGUGUGUUUUUCUUUUCAUUGUGUGUAUGUGUACCGUCUAUGUAUAAUUAUUAUAUUAUAUAUAUAUAUAAGAGAGAGGUGCGCGGCGGGCGAUGCAUGGGGGCUGGUGGCCUGCGCACGCGCACGUCCAAACAUUUUUCAUUUUUCCUUCUCAUCCUUUACUCUUGAAUAUACAUAUACAUAUACAUAUAUAUAUA